AUGCAGCACGAGGCCACGGCCUUUGAGUCGACUCCCGUUCACUCCACACUAGACAUGAGCAGUAGCGAGACGACCGACUUUGAGCGCGGGCCGCCCGAGAGCAGCGGCGGGUUCGUCAAGAUUGGCGGCCCCUUGCCCGACUCGUCCGACCCGCGCGCGAUCAAAGGCGCUGCCAGUUCUCCUGGGAAUGGCCACCGCCUCUUUUACUUGCGGGUGAUUGAUUCGCGCAAAUGGCACUAUUCCGAGACGUUUGCGCUCUUUUUGGACUUUUUUGCCCAAGUGUUAGCGGUCUCGUUUACCCAAAAGUCGUCGUUCCACGAUGAAGUCGCGGCAAAAGCAUCGCGUUACUUCUCCGCCGUCCUCAUGUUGUGUUACUUUAUCGACAUGAUUAUCCGUGUGUUGGGCCUGCGCCUUGCACUCUUUCGGUCCCACUCGAACAUUGCGGACCUUUUGUGUCUCGUGGCUAUGGUCGUGCUCCUGGGCUCGAGGUUUGCCAUGGAUGAUACGGAAUACAUGCUCUGUCUCGGCUACUUGACGCUCGUAGCGCUCCGACUGAUUCUCAAGCCCCGAGCACGCACGUUUUCCAAGAAACUGCACAAGUUCCGCACGAAUGGCGACCAUAUUCGAGUCAGUAUCGAGUCGUUACGGGCCUCUCUUGCUCGGAUCCCCGGCAUUUCGGCCAUGUCAAUUGAGAUGAUGGAGACGGAUCUCGUGAUUAUUUGUGGACGAGACGAAGGCGACAUGACGCGCGACGAGCUCAUGAACUUCCUCGAACGGGCUUUGCACUAUCGUCCGCCAAAUCUGUCAGCGACCGAGUUCCUGUCCCAUCUGCGUGACAUUGACGCGUCGUCGUCUACGCUCGCUUACGGCAUCACGGACGUUGUUCGAAGCACGUUGUGGCACUGGUCCACGCAGAUGGCAGACCUCAUCUUUUGCUUUUUUGUCGUGUGCAUCAAUGCCUCGGUGAGUCCGGCACUGGCCAUUUUUCUGGCCAAGCUGUCGGACGCUUUCGAUACGCUGGAUACGGGCAGCCCGAACGAGUCGACGCUCAGGUUUGGUGUCGUGGGCGUGCUGGCACUGUGUGUGCCGUUUGUACUUGGCGACUACGCUGUCGGCUACUUUCAAUCCAAGAUGAUCGCGAAAGCGACCGAGUCGAUGCAAUCGGCAUUGCUGAACAUCAUUCUGCGUCAGAACACGCAAUUUUUUGCCGAGCGAUCAGAAGGUGACUUGAACAAUCUCUUCUCGAGUGAUGUGGCGCGUGUGAACGCGCUGUGGCAGGCUGUAUUUUGGAAUUUGCUGAACCCGCUGCUGGCUGUGAUUUUUGGGUUCGGAUACGCCUUGUAUAUGGACGUCAGCAUUGGCAUCAUGUCGUUCGCUUUUACUGCCGUAUUGCUUUCAAGUGGUCCGCAGGGCUUUGCAGCUCAACGAUCGAAGGAGUUUGGAUCUAGAAACGCGUACGUUGCUGCUGAGUUCCAGAAUGCAGUGGGCUGUGAAAAGGUUGUACGUGCGUAUGCUAUCCAGGAUCCGCUCAUUGCUCGUUUCAAGAAAACGUGCGCGUUGCUGCGUAAGAGUCAGUUUUCGAAAGACUUUUGGUCGAGUAUCGUGCAGAUCUACAUCGAGUCGGCCAUGUACAUCUUUGUAGCCAUUAUGACCGCCUCGUUGGCUAUGAAAGUGUGGCACAAGGAACUGUCAUCAGGCGAAUUUUUCGGAUUCAUUACGCUAUUGAGCCGAGUCUCGAAUCCUGUGACAGUGCUUGGUGGUUUCAUGCGUGUGGCUAUUGGUAAUGCUAGUAGUUUGCAGCGGGUUGACGACAUCAUUGUAGGCCUCGGAUCGGUCACUGGCGAUGACAAUGGUGACAACGAUAUGCCACCACUGCCAAAGAUGCAGCAUGAUCUCGUAAUUGAGAAACUCGUAUUCAAAUACGACAAGGCUUCGGAGAAUUACAUUUUGAACGAACUGACUGCGGCGAUUCCUCGUGGAUCCUACACGUGUAUUGUUGGGCCGUCUGGUUGCGGUAAGAGUACGCUGUUAGCAUGUUUGAUGCAGUUUCAGGAAGCUGAUGGCGGUUGCAUCCGUCUCGACGGCCACGACAUUUUCAACUUUUCGAAGAAAUCGUUUAUGGAUCAGACCGCGGUUGUGUUCCAGGACGGUGGAAUCCUCAACGGAACUAUCUACGACAACAUUCGCUACGGCAACACUAGUGCUUCUAACGCUGACUGUGAAGAGGCUGCCCGGCUCGCGGAGUGCCACUUCAUUCGGGACCUCAAAGACGGAUUCGAGACGGUGGUGGGUCAGCAUGCAACAUGCAACUUGAGUGGCGGCCAGGCGCAACGUAUCUGCUUAGCGCGUUCUCUUUGCCGUCGGCCGAGUCUAUUGCUGCUCGAUGAAGCCACGAGCGCUUUGGAUCCUGAGACUGAGGCAUCGAUUGUAUCUACGCUGGAGCGCCUCUCGGGCAAGAUGAACAUGACAAUCAUCUCGGUUACACAUCGCUUGUCCACGUCUCUUAACGCAGACCAGAUUCUGGUCCUCAAUGGAGGACGUGUUGCAGAAGAGGGUCGUUACGAUGACUUGGUGCAGCAGGGUGGUCUGUUUUACGAGAUGGUGCACAAGGUGGAUAAACCAGAAGAGGACGAAGGUGCUGUCCCCAUGGAGAAGAUUGACAUGGUUUCCAUGGCCAAGGGCCGUGGUCGUGUCACCGCGCCACGUAGAAACACAGACAAGAUCAGCGCUACUGGGGAGAAACCGAAGCAGUUGCACGAAAGUGCGCUGGCAUUGCAGCAGUUUACAAAGACUCUGAGCUCGCGCGUGGCGCAUGAGGUUGGCGACAGCAAUCGUCCUGCCGGCACGACCUCAUGGUACCGCUAUGGUAAUCGCAACUCGCAUCGCAGUCGCAAGGCAAGUGAAGAAGGGAUGACAGCACGCCGCUCAGGAAACAACAGCGUGGAGGGUGGCCAGUGGUAUCCUAGCCAUGACAACCGGGGUGCGGCCUCGUCAGCAGCCAGCGAGGAAGAUCGCAACAAGUACUUUGUGCUAUAG